AAAAUUUUCAUUUUGGGGUGGAGUAUCCCUUUAAUGUGAUUGCUCUUGGUUGCCAAGACCAAAACGUGUAGUGCGGUGUCAUUCAAGCAAAUGUUAUUCAAAGACAAACAUAAGAGAAAAGGCUAAAAAUAUGAUUGAGCUGCCAACAUGGUAUUUUGACAUGAAAAAAAGAUUUUCAUGUUACUCACAGAUCUGUCAUUUAAACAGUGACACACAUGGAGGGCCAGGAGUGCCACUUGUAAAUGAUCCAAUCCACAUUUUAUGCAACUUAUAAAACAUUAAAAUUGUGGUAUAUCAAAAGAGUACAGAAAUCGCAAUGAGUAUAAACUUAAAUGUGUGAAUUUUGGGCAAUACCACCCUUUUGUGCAAGCUACAAAAUGUAAUUUGCCUUUAUUCUUGGUUUCACAAAUUGGGCCCUGAACAGGCUUGACAUCAAUAAACACAGCAUGCAUGAUUGCAUGACUUCAGUAUACUUGGAAUAUAGUGCAAACGUUGCAUAGGCUUUUCGUUGAUGCCUUUUUGGAGUUUGAAAGGAAUGGUCAGUAUUUGGUGCUGUUUUUCAUUUUUGUGAAUUAUUAUUUCAAUCAACUGCCUGUUAUUGAAGUGAAAUAAGUGUGGUUUCCUCUCUGGCUGGUAACACAGAUGUUGCAGGUGUGGUUGCAGGUAUGUGUGACCAAUGAACUGGUGAUUGACUGACACCUGGUUGGGCUCGAGUGACUACUUCUGCAGUUCAUGCACUACAAUUUGGAUUUGGAUGUAAUCUGAAUCCAUGUUGAUGGCUAACAAUGGAUAAAUGCACUACAAAAAAUCUCCAGUAAAAAUAUCAAAUGUUUAUUCUUCUUAACCUGCUGCCAUUUUUGACUUUUGACAUCACUUUGUGAGAUUCAUGCUCAAAACAAGACAAUCUGCAAGUGGGAAACAUGUGUAAUCUCUCUCUCUCUAUAAUGUCUUCAUGUGUACACUGCAUACUGGUACUAUAUAACUAGCACUGCCCCGGGGUGUAGUUACCUGUACUUCUGCACUACACAGGUAUGAUCUCAGCUCUCAGUCCAAUGCAGAAGCAGGUCUGAGCGUGAGAGUUUGUGAGAUUCCAGUGUUAAUGCGUUCUACCUCAUAUUAUGAACUGAAAUUAUUACGGCUACAAUGAUGUUCAGCUACUUGGUGCUUAUGGGAAUUGUCUGUCUGUGCAGCACGGAGCCUCUCAGACGCCAUAAAAGGUCCUGGAUUAUAGACUCGUUUGACAUUGUGGAGGAACACCCGGGGCCUUUCCCUUAUGAUCUGGGCCAGAUUAAACUGGACCGUAGCUAUUUAGUGGAGUUCAUGCUAAAAGGCAAAGGUGUGGACGAAGACCCAAAGGGUGUCCUGUCAAUCGAUCCAAAAACAGGAGUCAUUAAAGUCCACAGGAAAGUCGACUAUGAGCAGUACAGCGUUCUGAUGCUGACUUUUCAAGCAAGAAAUAAGUCCAACUUGGCCGUAGAUACACAACUAGGCAUGGAGGUCAACAUACUGGACAUCAACGACAACCCGCCGGUAUUCCAGAGGAAGGUUUAUGAUGUCACUAUAGAAGAAGCAACAAAACAAGGUGGUUUUAUUGUAGGUGUAUUAGCAAUUGAUAAGGAUGCAGCAGGAACUCCAAAUUCCACCAUUGACUACAAAAUUACUUCUGUCACUCCAACAACUAAAAAUGUGGAAUUCUACAUGCAAAAAAGUGGUGCAAUAUCUUUUAAAGGAUGCUUUGAUUACGAGGUGGCUAAUAAAUACACUAUAACUGUUGAAGCAAAGGACCGUGGAGUUGUUAAGCUGUCAAGCACAGCUUCCAUAAUUGUCAACCUUCAGGAUGGCAACAACCAUCUACCGGUUAUCACAGGGCAAACGGGUUCAGCUAAGGUGUUGGAAGGAACAAAUGGUACUUCACCUCUUAUAAUACAAGCAGCUGAUGCUGACACACGUCUCACAGCUGCAUGGAGAGUCAGAUACUCCAUACAAGGGGAUAAAGGUGGCCACUUCUCCAUCUACACUGAUCCAGACACCAAUGAUGGAAUCCUCACAGUGGUUAAGCCCUUAGACUUUGAAGAAAAAGCAGAACAAAAACUCACCAUCUUUGUAGAGAACGAAGAGUCUUAUUUCUCUUGUGAGGUUAAAGAGAGAUCUGCUGAUGGGCUCUGGACAAUCAUCACAAAUCCAGCAAAACCAUCCUCUAGGGAUAUUACCAUUACAGUGGAAGAUGCCAAUGACCCCCCGUUCUUCCUAGAUCCAGUAAGAAAAGUAAUUUUGGAAGAAAAUGGUGUUGUUGGAGCUUUUGUGGACAAAGUGACAGCAGUCGAUCCUGACACUGGACGUCGCCACAAACUUGAGUAUUCUAUUGAUCAGGAGCCUGCAGGCUGGUUCAGAGUAGACAAAACAACUGGGGAAAUCUUUGUAAAAGAGUCUUUGGACAGAGAGUCAAGUCAUGUGACCAAUGGGACUUAUACAGUCACUGUCCUUGUGACAGAGAAGGAUGACCAUCCUCCAAUGACAAGCACUGCUACCAUUCAGAUCUACAUUGAAGACAAAAACGACAAUGUCCCCCUUUUGAAGGAGAACAUGAUUUCUCUCUGCCAGUCUGAUGAAGUGUCACACGCAGAGAUCACAGCCUUUGACCUCGAUGGAGAUCCGUACAGCGGCCCGUUCAGUUUUGAAAUAGUAGGAGAUCAUAAGAAAGAAUGGAGCUUUGACCCCAGUCAUGGUACCACAGUGCAUCUGGUGAAGGAUAAAAGUGUUCAUACCAGUCUGUACACACUGAUUGUGAAAAUCUCUGAUAAACAGGGCAGGUUUGUCCUCCAGAACCUCUCUGUUGCUUUGUGUGAUUGUGUGGUUUCACCAAACUGUCUGACGCAGCGUAACACACAGCAAAAAGUGGGAAGUGGCAUGAAAGGAAUUACCAUCCUUGCCGUGCUGAUGAUUUUGGCAUGUCUGUUGCUGUCUCUCACUUGCUCUUGUGGGACUGUGAAGUCUCUGGCGCAGGUAGACAGUGUCUUAGAAGAUGCCCUUCUGCCUUCUAACAUAGAGAAACCUGGCACUGAUUGUGUGGUCCCGACUAUUCUACUGAAGAAAACAUCUGUAAGUCACUCAAAGGAUGCAACUCUUGUCAAUUAUGGGAUUCAACAGACAGCUGACUUUCAGAGGGUAUCUAGCAAAAUUAUAGCCGCUCAGAGUCUCCCAGUUCAAAUCGAUGAGUGCUGGUCUAGAGACAGAUCACAGUGCGAUUCCAGUGAGACAUGGAUGUGGAAACAGUAUCAGAGUGACAACCGCUACCAGGGUUCUACAUUUAGCAGGAGGAGCUCACGAAGACGACGAGGUACCUGUUUCAUCAGCCACUCGACUUUACAAAGCUUGCUCUCGCAGAGGCUGCAUUCAAUACAGUGCCUAGAAAAAGAGUUGCUUGAUUACGAACCUCAGCUUUACGCCCUUGAGGACAACCCUGAUCAUUUUGUAGACCUGGAUCCCAUAGACCUGCCUAUGAAUGAGUUUGAUCCUGAGCAGCUCUCUGAUCUUGGACCAGCAUUUAAGCACCUGGCUUCUCUCUGUAGCCCAGAGACAAUGUUAAAACCAGAAGCGAUGAAGAAUAGGACCAGAUAGUCUAGUGAUCAGGAGGAUGAAGAUGUUUCACCGACGUUUUGAAGAGAAGGCUAAUUGUUGUGGGGGAAAAAAAUCAGUGGAGAGAUUUUUAAAAAUGUCCUUCAUAGAUAAACUCCUCAGUUUGAUUGGGAUUAGAAUGAUCUUUGUGAGUGAAAUUCUCCCUUUGAGUUUUAUUUUGAGAUAUAUUUCAAGCGCAAGUAAAAUGCACCUGUAAGGAAAAGUUAUUAGUAAUGUACCUCAAUUUCAGAAACUACAAUGAUCUAUUUCAUUCAUGUUUACAUAUUUUAAAACAUAUAAUGCAAUUAAAAUAUUGUACUCAGG